CAGCAGAAGAAGAAGCAGCUGAUUUCCAGCUGAAAGCUCCGGAAGCUUUCUGUGUUUGAGUCCAGAACCGGAGCAGACCGGGACCCGGAGCGGACCAGGACCCGGACCCAGAGCAGACCAGGACCCGGAGCAGACCGGGACCCAAAGCAGACCCGGACCCGGAGCAGACCGGGACCAGGAACAGACCAGGACCCGGAGUUAGCAGCUGUUAGCAGGUCAACAUGAGUCGAUCAGCUGUGAAACCCAGAGACCAGGACGAGGAGGACGACUUCUACGACUGCCAGGAGACUCUGCAGGAGGAGCAGGGAGACAGGCUGCAGGAGGAGCAGGGAGACAGGCUGCAGGAGGAGGAGCAGGGAGACAGGCUGCAGGAGGAGCAGGGAGACAGGCUGCAGGAGGAGCAGGGAGACAGGUGGCAGGGAGACAGGCUGCAGGAGGAGCAGGGAGACAGGCUGCAGGAGGAGCAGGGAGACAGGCUGCAGGGAGACAGGCUGCAGGAGGAGCAGGGAGACAGGCUGCACGAGGAGCAGGGAGACAGGCUGCACGAGGAGCAGGGAGACAGGCUGCAGGGAGACAGGCUGCAGGAGGACUCGGACGGUGGAGCUGAGUUUGAUGAUGAAUAUCUGAGGGAGGAGCAGAAGGAGCUGACGGAGGAGGAGAGAGAGAGUCGACGGCAGCAGAGUUUAACUGUGAAGGAGAAAGGCAACAGUCACUUUAAAGCUGGAGACUGGUUGGAGGCGGAGCAGAGCUACACAGAGUCUCUGGUUUUGUGUCCGGUGUGUUUCAGCAGAGAGCGAUCCGUGCUGUUCUCCAACCGAGCUGCUGCAAGACUGCACAUGGACCGGAAGGACCAGGCGAUCUCAGACUGCUCCAGAGCGAUAGAGCUGAACCCGGACUAUGUGCGGGCGCUGCAGAGGAGGGCCGAGCUUUACGAGCAAACCGACAAACUGGACGAAGCUCUGGAGGAUUACAAGAAGGUUCUGGACCAGGACCCGACCCACGGGGGGGCCCGGAGGGCCUGCAUGAGGCUGCCUCAGCAGAUUCAGGAGAGGAAUGAGAAGCUGAAGGAGGAAAUGAUGAGUAAGCUGAAGGACCUGGGGAACCUGAUCUUGAGGCCUUUUGGUCUCUCCACCAACAACUUCCAGCUGAACCAGGACUCAGAGACGGGGUCCUACUCUGUGAACUUCGUCCAGAAGCCCGGAGACACGUGAUGAUGACGUCACUGAUGACCUCACCGACGU